AUGGAUGUUCAACAUGCUAUGCUUCCCUCACCUCCUCCUACGCCUUCUGCGUUCUCCGAAGGGAGUUCAUAUCCCGGAAUCGAAGAGUCCGUAUCACAAGCACAAAUUUUCUGCGACUGGCCAUUCUCAGUCUACGACAUGGCGGCACAUAGCCCGCCAAGUUAUCCGCAGAGUCCUACAAAUACUUAUCCAGUUCCCGAUAACCGCCCUUAUUCAACAUAUCCUCCGGGUCAGGCUUUUGAAUCGCGAGAAAAUACUAUCAUAAAAGCUCCCCUUCCUCGUGAUGACCCUUUGCCCGUAGCUAUAACUGCUGAAAAUUUAGGGCAAGCAUUGGAGCAAACGUUUCACUUAGUAGGGGCACAGCCUCUUCCGCAAGUUUCAAAUGACUGCGGCGUGAUGUAUUCGGAAAUUCAGCAGGAGGUAUCACGCUCAAAUCUCUCCACACCUUUAUCUACGAUCUUUGAAAGUCCAGGAGCCAUGGAUUCGGACAUGGAAUUGCUUAACUCAGAGAUGGCUGUUCAACUAAACUUGCUGGAUGCUCUGGCUCUUGACGCAUCUAGUUUUCAGAACUCUCCAGCUCUCUUGGGAGCCGGUAUGGUUGAAUCAUUUCUGACCGUCCAGAAUCAAGUCACAGAUUCUCAUGCAUUGUCAAACUUUCACAGGUCGUCGGAUCCAUUUGUCCAGGAGCCGUGUGUGAUAGCAUUUGGACAGGAACGUUAUCUGGACAACCUGUCCUCGAUAAGUCUCCAGCUCGGCCUCACGCAAAUUGUCCCCGCCACAUCCCAAUCCAACAAUACUGCACGUUCCGAAACAAUGCGAACCAGCCCUUCCGAGAGAGGAGGAGGAGUGCUUUCAGUUCCAAGAACGCGCCACAGGCAGAACAAUUCUAAGGAAGUUUCAGCUGACCUAGUCUGUGAUAUCUGUGGGCAAAGCUGCAAACGAAAACACAACCUGAAAAAUCAUAUGCAACGGCACGACGCAUCACGGGAAAACAUGUUCAAGUGCAUGAAUUCUGGCUGUAAACAGCCUCCGUUCGCUCGGCUGCACGAUCUGGAAAGACACCUCGAUUCGGUGCACAAGCGGAAGGAACCUAUUCAGUGUGCAUAUUGCGGAUACAACACCAAGAAAACAACUGUGGGAACCGCCGUGCUGCCAAGCGAAGCGAGACUGUGA